GGAAGUGACGUCGGGCCGCUCGCGAGGCCGUCGGGUGGGUAGCCGCGGCCCCUCCUCCCAGAGCGGCCGCCUUUUCCCGCGCGAGCUGCUCCUGCUGCUCGGGCCGCGCGGGGGAAACAUGGCGUCUGCCUUGGAGCAGUUCGUGAACAGUGUCCGGCAGCUCUCGGCUCAAGGGCAAAUGACCCAGCUUUGCGAACUGAUCAACAAGAGUGGGGAACUGCUGGCGAAGAACUUAUCCCACCUGGACACUGUGCUCGGGGCUCUGGAUGUACAGGAGCACUCCUUGGGCGUCCUUGCUGUUUUGUUCGUGAAGUUCUCUAUGCCCAGCGUUCCUGACUUUGAAACAUUAUUCUCACAGGUUCAGCUCUUCAUCAGUACUUGUAACGGGGAGCACAUUCGAUAUGCGACAGAUACUUUUGCUGGGCUCUGCCAUCAGCUAACAAAUGCACUUGUGGAAAGAAAACAGCCCCUGCGAGGAAUUGGCAUCCUUAAGCAAGCCAUCGACAAGAUGCAGAUGAACACAAAUCAGCUGACCUCAAUACAUGCCGACCUCUGCCAGCUUUGUUUGCUGGCAAAGUGCUUUAAGCCCGCCCUUCCGUACCUGGACGUGGACAUGAUGGACAUCUGUAAAGAGAAUGGCGCCUACGAUGCGAAGCACUUUCUCUGUUACUACUACUACGGAGGGAUGAUCUACACCGGGCUAAAGAACUUUGAAAGAGCGCUCUACUUUUAUGAACAGGCUAUCACCACUCCUGCCAUGGCGGUCAGUCACAUCAUGCUGGAGUCCUAUAAAAAGUAUAUUCUAGUUUCUUUGAUAUUACUCGGCAAAGUACAACAGCUACCGAAAUACACAUCUCAGAUUGUGGGUAGAUUCAUUAAGCCUCUUAGCAAUGCGUACCACGAGUUAGCACAAGUUUACUCCACCAAUAACCCCUCGGAGCUCCGGAACCUGGUGAACAAGCACAGUGAGACUUUCACUCGCGACAACAACAUGGGACUUGUGAAGCAGUGCUUGUCGUCGCUGUACAAGAAGAACAUCCAGAGGCUCACCAAGACCUUCCUGACGCUGUCCUUACAAGACAUGGCAAGUCGCGUGCAGUUGUCAGGGCCUCAGGAGGCCGAGAAGUACGUCCUACACAUGAUAGAAGAUGGUGAAAUUUUCGCCAGUAUUAAUCAGAAGGACGGAAUGGUCAGUUUCCACGAUAACCCUGAAAAGUACAACAACCCAGCCAUGCUUCAUAACAUCGACCAGGAGAUGCUGAAGUGCAUAGAGCUGGACGAGCGGCUGAAGGCCAUGGACCAGGAGAUCACAGUGAACCCCCAGUUUGUGCAGAAGAGCAUGGGCUCCCAAGAGGAUGACUCUGGAAACAAACCUUCCAGCUACUCUUGAAACCAACAUCCAUCCUGAGUGAGAGGACAGACGGGCACCGUGGACAGUGGCAGGUGCUCUGAGCAGCGUGCAGCCGCCUGUGUCACCUGGGGACACGCAGACGUGCGGUUUGGUUCCGGCAUCCUCAGUCCCAUGUGCUUUCGGAACACCAUUCUCUCUGCAAAGAAAGGAAAACAUUUUGAAACUUUGAAGUCUGUUAUGGAUUUAUUUAUCCUCAGAUUAUUGUUGUUGUUGCAUUAAAUCCUUUUUGUUUUAAACUCCUUGAA